AAGACGCUUUAACCGUGGUCUACAGAUCCUCUUACGCGUAUAAGAUGGUAGGAAAUUGCGGUAGCAUUGGGUAACCGCCUCGGGGGAGUAAGGCGGAGGUAACGCGCGAAACUCGUAGCGGUUCGUAAAUUCGUCGAUUACCUUAGCGAUCAACGAUGCACACAAACCCUCUAAGCCCUUGUCGUUGCCUUUUGCUGGAAAGACGUGUGGCAUGAGCACAACACGCAGAAGAUGGUGGCAGGGGACAACACGGUCGCGCUGGUAUCGCCCCUAAAACCGGCGACCUCCUACCACUUUCGGGUGCUAGCGGAAAAUCAUCUUGGAACAUCAGCGCCAAGCGACAUCCUUCAUGCCCAGACCGACGGCGAGAUUCCUGGUGGAUCGCCCAGACACGUCAUCGCCGAACCCUUAGGGCCGCAGCAAGUGAAGGUCACCUGGCAACCACCCGAUCGAUCCCUGUGGAAUGGCGAACUUCUCGGAUACACCAUCAGCUACGCCAAUCUAGGUGGGAAUGAUCAAUCGGUGAACAUCACCAGAGUGGGAAUCACGGAAAACGGCGAUGGCUCCUACAGGCUAACCGGACUUCGAAAGUACACCCAAUAUAGCAUCGUGGUGAAGGCGUUCAAUAAUAAAGGAGACGGCCCAGGAUCUGACCCGGUCACGGUGCAGACUCUCGAAGACGUUCCAAGCGCCUCGCCGCAGAACGUGGCGUGCGCCGCGCUGACCGGGCAGAACAUCCAGGUGACCUGGAAACCGCCGCCUUCCGACAAAGUUCACGGGGUCGUUCAGGGGUACAAGUUGCUGUACGAGGCGGGGAGCGCGGUUCUGGAGCAGCAGGCGGGCAGAGAGACGAAGAUCAGCCAUGCAUUGAGCACCGUUCUGCACGGACUUAGCCCGUACACCAAUUACACGGUGCAGGUGCUCGCCUACACCAGAGCCGGGGAGGGUGUCACGAGCAGCCCUGUGUCCUGCACCACCGAAGAAACUGGUAAACCAUUUGCUCGCUGUCGAGUUUCCUCUCCCUCUGCGCCAGACAAACGAGCGACAGCCACGAGCAAACAGAAGUAAAUUUUCCACGCGUCCACCGGAUCGGGAAAGAGAGAGAGAGAGAGAGAGAGAGA